AUGCUACCGCGACAGGCAGGGUCGAGUACGGAUCCUUUUCUAUCUCCGACUUCCUCUGGUGAACCGAGUUCCGUUGAAAAUGGAGUUCCUGUGUGUACAUGGCCAGGUCAUUGUUUGGGGGACACCUGCUCGCAUGAGAACGACUGUGAUCACGACUGGAUCUGUAUAAAGGAUAUCUGUUCGUCUUGCUGUUACGAUCCCGAACAAGGCACGCCUUUGAGCACUCGCGCAAUUACUGGGAUUUCCAUUGGUGGACUCGUGGUAGUCGCACUCGUGAUGGGUAUCGCAUAUUAUAUAUGGCGAGCAAGGAAGAAUAAGAGGCGCAAGAGCGAGGAUCAUAAUGAGGAGUUUAGAUCGCACGACUCAGAAGGGAUAGAGAAGCGCCGCAAAGACAGUCAAUACAGCGUGUCGGAACUGAGAACGGAUGGCAUACGGGUCGAACUCGGUGACGCACUUGCGAUCCCCGUCAGGGAAAUCCAGACGGACGGCCCUCAAGAGUUGGAAGGGGAUACGGCGAUGCCAAAGUUCGAUACGACGGCACCUAGAAGUACUACGAUCCGCAAUGUUCAGGAGUCAUCGCACGCAGAUUCGGCUGGAGCUUCAUGCGAGACUUCCCUGGAUAUGUCACGGCCGCAUUCGCGGCGACAGCUGGUUUCCUUAGGAUCCUCACCGUCAAGCAUGUCAAGGGUUACACCAGAACCGAGCCCCCUUGCAGCAUCACAAGAUGUUCUCCACACCUCACCGUCACCAUUUGCCCCGUCUCUCCCUCCACUAUCUUUUUCACCUUCUCUAAACUCCAGCAUUUCGGCCGUUUCAGCUAUCACGGCGGUAGACCCACACUCACCCCCGAGACUCGCCGAGCAGAAGCUGCCGACACAAAUGGACCGUGGAACAGCAAGGAAUCAUGGUAAAGCCGAUCAAAGCUUAGAAGAUGGUUACCAGCCCUUUUCACGAGGACCGUUUGAAAAAGAUCCUAUGCGCGCCAAGUCUUGCGCUGCGAAACUCAAACCCGCCCGCGUCCCGACUCCCCCUCCUCCAUUAACGACUCCUCGUCCACCACGACAGUCUCGAUCGCGACCGAUGAUUACCAUCCCGCCUCGAACCCGAUCGCGACCGAUGAACCGGUCAAACUCUCAGACGCGCCGCUCGAGAUCCCCUCCUCCGCCGCGAAAGUCGAGGUCUCCACCACCGCCCACUCCGCCGAUCUCACCGGCCACGAUGGAAAAGGCGCGGUUGCCCGGCGGAGACAGCGAACCUGCAUCCCCUGAAGCGCCGCCACGAAUUGCAUCAGCUCUUCGGCCUUUGCCCCUGCCGUCCGAGGUGCCGAUGAGGCCAAGCGCAUCCACGACAGACCUCGAGCUGCGAAAACGGACCGUGCCGCCGGCAUUGGAUACGCACCGAAAUCCCCCAUCCGCCCGCAACUCCUCCCGCAGCGAUCCUCACCCCCCCAUCCCCCCUCUUCCCGAAUUUGUCCACCUCGCCACCCACCGCGCCUCCUCCUCCGUCCCCCAUCUCCCCUCCACCAUCCGGCCUCCCCCCCGCCCCAGCACCUCCAUCGCCCAGCGUAUCCACCCCCGCAGCCCCAUCCACUCCCUCCCAAUGCCCUCCAUCCAGCCUCUCGCGCUGCGGGGCGUGCCCGCGGGACCGGCGACGAACAACCACCGGAUCCUCAAGCGGACGCCGGAGCUGCGGCGGGUUCCGCCGUUUCACAGCGGGCGUGGAUCGACGGACGCGGUGUCGGGGAUACCAUCAGCGCGGGAUCCUGCGGGGAUGGAUGGCGAUGCGGGGAGCGAGAGUGGGAGUGAGUAUGGAGGGGAGGUAAUUGAUCGAUAUCGGACGGUUUGGGCCGCGGGGAUGGAGCGGGCGGGGGCGGUAGGGGAUGGGAGCGGAGGUCAGGGGGGGCGGGUUCCGAGUGCGUUGGGGGAUUAUACCCUCUUUCGGUGGCCGGGAGGGUUGUAG